GAGCUGUCACACUGACAGCUCAGCACUGAUGAUCAGUGCCCUGAUGAUCAGUGUAGCCCCAUCAGUGCCACCUGUCAUUGCCCAUCAAUGCCACCUGUCAGUGCCCAUCAAUGCCACAUAUCAGUGCCUACCAGUGCACAAUGCCACAUAUCAGUGCCCAAUUGAGCUCCCUUUCAGUGCCACCUAUCAGUGCCAGUCAGUGCUUCCUAUCAGUGCCACCUAUCAGUGCCAGCAAGUGCCGCUUAUCAGUGCCAGUCAGUGCUGUCUGUCAGUGCCGCCUAUCAGU